AUGUCAGAAGCUCGUUUGCGCAGAGUGCAGAAGGAGAUAUCAGACUGCCAGAAGGAUAAGCUCACCCGCAUCACCCUCACGCCGAUUGACAACUCCCCUUUCCACUUGGUCGGCGCAUUUGAUGGACCCUCCGGCACCCCUUACGAAGGCGGGCGAUACGAGGUUGACGUCGUCGUUCCUGAUAGCUACCCAUUCCAACCGAUCAAGAUGAAGUUCAUCACUAAGGUGUACCACCCGAAUAUCAGCAGUGCCAGCGGAGCGAUAUGUCUUGAUAUCCUGAAAGACGCUUGGUCACCGGUUCUCACUCUCAAAUCUACGCUCAUCUCCCUCCAAUCUCUCCUCUGCGAUCCUCAACCCAAUGACCCGCAAGACGCCGAAGUAGCGAAGCACUACCUCACAUCACGCCAGGGCUUCGAGCAGACGGCGAGGCAUUGGGCGCAGGCGUAUGCAGGGGCACCGGUUACUUCUAGCGGAGGGGAGGACAGCAAGAAGGGCGAGAAGGGGUCGAAAGUUGACCUGGUCGCUCUUGCCGGCCUGGAAGAGAAGCAUGUUGCUAAAUUCGAGAAUAUGGGCUUUGAGCGGGGGAAGAUCAUCGAUGUGCUCAAACGGCUCAAUUACAGGGGCGCGAACGUAGCCAAGGUGAAUGAUGAGAGGGUCGUCGAGGAACUCCUCAAGUAAGCUAUAGCAGAGACGCCUUGUAUGCGCCAAGGGAGGAAGGCGACAGGAGGAAGGACAUACGAGGUAACCCUCCUGUUCGGCAAGGACACGCUUAUAGCAUGACCCACUGUAACGACCAAUAUUAUCAAUGCAGAGUUCUUCAAUCGU